GUGAAAUACAUUUAUCCACUUUGUAGACAAUGACAGUGUUAAGAGUGUUUUUUGCGUGUAAUAUAGUUUUAUUUAAAGCAUUUUAUGGAGAUAGUGCUGCAGUAAAUAAAGAAAUAAAAUUUCCUUCGGCUGAAGAUGAUAUUAAAAAUUCCCUUAUUGAGGCUCAAUCGAUUGGGAGAAUUGUGAACCGCAAAGAAGUGAAUACGAAUACCGUGCCACCACAAAACUAUGUGGGUGAUAUUACCAGAACUACAAACACAGAUAAGGUUUAUUCCUGCCCACAUGCAUCAUCAGAAAUUCCCCAAAUAAAUGUUAUCAAUGAACCAAAAAUAAAUGAAAGCCCAACUGCUCAACAACAAACGGAGUUCGGUUCCUAUAUGAGCAGUCAGUCAACGUAUUCCUCCGGUUUUCAAUUGCAAAUACAGAACACACGACCAGCUCAGCACAUUCAUUACCAUUACCUUGUUCCCAAUACUCCUCCGAAGCCAACAAUAAAUUAUGUAUCACAUUCUGAUUCCAACGCCUACAAUGUAAAUUCAGAAAAUAAGCAUUUUCCCCCGAUUGACACGCAACCUUCUCAUAUCAAUGCGAAUAAUCAACAGUACACCCAUCCAGAAGUAACGCAAGCUAACCCUUUAUAUUCUGCUGUGGACAACAGUGGAUACCUUUCUGAUUUCCCCGACGAGCAUCAGAGUCAAGCUUCUGAAAAUACAUUGGUUUACGAGUCUUUAAGAAAUCCAAGCGAGAGUUAUGUGAAUAAAAUCCAAGGGCAGCAAGAGACGUUUCAGAAAACAAACACGGAGAUGCCACCAAAACAGGCGAUACAAAAUCACCAAAUGGAUAAGCCGGAAGUAUACUUUAUAACAUAUUAUGGCCAAAAUGAAACUUCAUCCACAAGUCCGCCAAAUUACCAAAAAUUAAAUGAAACCUCGAAUGAAGUUUUCGAUGGCAGUGGUUUAAUAGACAUUCGUGGGGGCAAAGAUGAAAUUCUGGAUAGUGAAUCAGUGGUUUCCACCACGCCCUAUAAUGAACACUCGGCUUACAACGUUCCAUUAAAUUAAUGCAGUUUUUUUUAUAUAA